AAUCACCUUCUAGGCUUCUGUCUAGAAAGCUCACAUAUUGUGAUGACUAAUGAAUCAGUAAAUACACAUAUUUUUUUUACUUAUCCUGCAUGAAUAGCGUUGGGAGAAGCAUGCAACGAAAAUCUGAUCUAUCCCUCAAGCGAGUGAACAGGUCAGGUAGGGUUUCCACAAAUCCCAACAAGGAGCAGAAAAGGGAGAAAAUAAACAGUUUGGGAAGCACGUCGGUAAAAUGAAUCUGCCAUGUGUCCAUCUCUUAUACGUGGCGGCCCCUUCUGGAUCCGUUGAAAUGAAGCAAGACGGCCAAUGUGUCCACAUUCAUUCUUCUCGGCUGCCUCCUCCUCGAAAUGCAUAAAGUCAGCCUCUUUUGCCUCCUCCUCUGCCUUUUCCCCUAGAAGAAAAGAUGAGAAAAACCUCGCAUUUUCCCUCACAGCUCAACAGUUCUGUAGCCAUUACAUAUCUCUCCAUUCUGCCAUUCACGCUUCCUCUUUAGUACUGCAAAAGGGUGUGUCUUUCUUCUGUACCUGUUGUGUUCUUUUUGAUGAUUAGCUAGCAGAGGACUCUUCUGAAAGUGCCAGAGAUGCAGCAUCUCAACUCAGACGCUGCUCCCUAUCACGUUGUUCAUAAGAUUCUCCCUGGCGCUGGCCCUUACGUUCGAGCUAAGCACGUCCAGCUAGUUGAGAAGGAUCCAGAAGCAGUAAUUCAGUGGUUCUUGAAAGCCAUUAGCGAUGGAGAUAGAGUAGACAGUGCCCACAAAGACAUGGCACUGGUGAUGAAGCAGCAAGAUAGAGGGAAAAAACUAUCGAAGCUAUAAGGCGGUUUAGGCAUCUCUGCUCCAAGCAUGCUCAAGAGUCACUUGACAAUGUCCUCAUUGACCUAUACAAGGUAGGUAAUCACUGAUCAGUUCUUUAGAGAACAGAUUGGUAGGGGAAUGAGUGCCGCCUUUCCUUUAUUUUUUGCUGUUUCGAAAUUCAUCGUGGUGAAAUGUUUUUUUUAUAGAAAUGUGGAACAGUGGAAGAAUGGAGGAGCAGAUUGAGCUGUUGAAGCAGAAGCUUCUGAUGAUUUACCAUGGAGAAGCAUUCAAUGGCAAGCCGACCAAGACAACACACUCGCAUUGUUCUUCCAAGUAGUGUCUAAGAAAAGCUGACAUAGCAAACUCACACCACAAUGCAGGGAAACUUGGGUUGGGCAUAUAUGUAGCUUGGAAACUAUUCAGCGGCAGAAGUAGUGUACCGUAAAGCUCAGUUGAUUAACCCUGAUGCGAAUAAGGCUUGCAAUUUAAACACGUGCCUAAUGAAGCAAACACGAUAUGCUGAAGCACGCUCGGUGCUAGAUGAUGUAGUACGUGAUAAGCUACUUGGACAUGAUGAUUCCAAGUCGAGAAAUCGCGUAGAGGAGCUACUCCAAGAACUAGAGGGAAUGUACCAAUCACCAUCCUCCUCCUCGUCUACGUCUCUGGGAUCGAGUUUAGAAGAUGCAUUCGCUGAGGGGCUAGACUAGUUGAUGGAGCAAUGGACACCAUAUAGAUCUAGUAGACUCCUCAUUUUUGAAAAGAUUUCCCCAGUCAGAGAUUAGUUAGCCUGCUGAUCGACACAUACAUACAUGUAUACGUACUCUUUUCGUUCUUGGCUGCAACUUUAUCAAGCCCUUUUGAUGAAGCUGAAUAAACAGUAGUUGGGGUU